AUGCUGCCUGGAACAUCCCCAGCCCUGCUCAGGGUUCUGCUGCUGGAGCAGCCCCAGCGCUGGGGUUUGGGCCAGCUCAUAGAAGUGACAGUGUUAAGUCGCUCGAUUCAAACCAGGAAACAAAACUCAGUAAGUCACAGAAAAGGCUUUUUUUUUCCCCCUCCCCAUCUCUGCAGAGAAAAGGCUUUGGGCAGCACAGCAGGUGCUGGUUCGUCCCUGCAGGAGGGAUGGGACCGGGGGUUUAUCUGGGAUAUUUUCCUUAUCUGCUGCCUCUGCCCAGCCCGGCUUGUCCUGCACCCUGGAGCCGCUUCUGCCGAGAAAAGUCACAUCUCCCCACGAGCUCCACCUGGGGAAGCACAAAACCACAGAGCAGCCCCGAAGGCUGGGGGAGGGCAGGGAGCGCCCAGCCUGGCUGCCCGGGCAGGGGCUGGGAGGCGCGGGCAUCCUCCAGCAGCUGGGGCUGGCACGCUCCUGCAAAGGUCAGCGGCUCUGCAAACGCCUCCGAGGGACACGGGGCUCCAGGCGGAGCCGCACGGGCAGCGGGCCGGGAGCCACCCCCGCUCCCCGGGCAGGGCUGCCCGGGGCUCCCGGCCCGUCCUGGGCACCGCCCUGCCCCGGCCAGGAGGCGCCUUCCUCCCCAGCAUCAUCCUCCCGCAGCACUGCGCCCCGGCCCCACAGCUCCUCCUGCCACCCUCCUGGCCACGGCACGGCCGGGGAGCACUGGCCAAAGGGCCAGGAUGCUUGUCAGGGGUGUCAGUGGCCAGGGAGCUCUGGCCAAAGGGCCAGGAGGCCCAUCGGGGGUGUGAGUGGCCAGUGAGCUCUGGCCAAAGGGCCAGGAGGCCUGUCAGGGUGUCAGUGGCCAGUGAGCACUGGCCAAAGGGCCAGGAUGCCCAUCAGGGGUGUCAGUGGCCAGGGAGCACUGGCCAAAGGGCCAGGAGGCCCAUCAGGGGUGUCAGUGGCCAGGGAGCUCUGGCCAAAGGGCCAGGAUGCCUGUCAGGGGUGUCAGUGGCCAGGGAGCACUGGCCAAAGGGCCAGGAAGCCCAUCGGGGGUGUCAGUGGCCAGGGAGCACUGGCCAAAGGGCCAGGAGGCCUGUCAGGGGUGUCAGUGGCCAGGGAGCACUGGCCAAAGGGCCAGGAAGCCCAUCGGGGGUGUCAGUGGCCAGGGAGCACUGGCCAAAGGGCAAGGAAGCCCAUCGGGGGUGUCAGUGGCCAGGCAGCUCCAGCCCUGCUCCCUGAGGCUCCUCACCCUGCAGCCCA